AUGGGUGUAUUAUCGCUAAAUGUUGUGUGGUCACCGAUGGGUGAUGAGCAAUCGCAGAUGAAGAAAACGAUGCAGUUCGAAUCAACCACACUUGUUUUUGAUGCAUGCAAAAUUAUACGGGAAAAAUUAUCCGGCAACAAUCUUAACCCGAAAGAAUACGGCCUAUUUCGUCUGGAAGAAGACCCAACGAAAUGUGUCUGGAUGGAAAAUGGCCGAACGCUGGAGUACUAUCUAAUUCGCAGCGGGGAUACUGUUGAAUACAAGAAAAAAAUCCGUCCACUGAAAGUACGAAUGCUUGAUGGUGCUGUGAAAACAGUUAUGGUGGAUGAAAGUCAACCAGUGGGUGAAAUUAUGGUUGUUGUCUGUUCGAAAAUUGGCAUCAGUAAUCACGAAGAGUACUCGUUGGUUCGUCAGCCAUCAGACCAGGACUGGCGUUCCACACUGACACUGAAAGAGGAGAAGCGGGGCCGAAGCGAAGAUCGCGGUCUUGGAUUCGGCACACUCGGCAGGAAUAAAGAGCGGAAGAUGGAGCAGCUGCGAGCGAAAUUACACACUGACGAAGAGCUUCUCUGGCUAGAUCAUGGCAAAACACUGCGAGAGCAGUCGGCUAGUGCUUUAAUUUUACUUUUUAAGCCCUUAUAUGCAUUAAGAUCAAAAAUGCCUCCAAUUAAAGCGCCGCUGAGAAAGCCAAAAUAUCCUCUGUGUACCUAUAGUAAAUUAAUAUAUAUUGCCGAUGAUCAACUUCCCAUCUUGAAGUACAUUUUUCAGAUAGCCGAUGACGAAACACUGAUAUUGCGUCGGAAGUUCUUCUUCUCGGAUACCAACGUGGAUUGUCGUGACCCUGUGCAAUUGAAUUUGUUGUACGAGCAGUGCAAAAUGGGUGUGCUACAGGGGAAUCAUCCGGUUACACGUGAUAUGGCGUGUAAUUUGGCGGCGUUGCAAUGUCAGAUACAGUAUGGUGAUCUGCAGGACCAUCGACAACGCGCUAAUUUUCUUGACCUGCGUGAACUCCUACCGAAAGAGUAUGCGAAAUCAAAGGAUAACGAGAAGCGCAUCAUGGAUGGGUAUCGCGAGUUGGCCGGGAAAAGUGAGCUGGACGCUAAAAGCAAAUAUGUUCAUCUCUGUCGUUCGCUACUCACUUAUGGCGUCACAUUUUUUGUGGUGAAAGAAAAAAUGAAGGGCAAAAACAAACUGGUACCACGGUUGUUGGGUGUCAACAAGGAAUGCGUAAUGAGGGUGGACGAGAAGACCAAAGAGGUGUUGCAGGAAUGGCCGCUGGAGCAAGUGCGGCGCUGGGCUGCAUCACCAAAAACCUUCACACUGGAUUUUGGUGAUUACCAGGAUGGUUACUAUUCGGUGCAGACAGCGGACGGUGAAAAGAUUGCGCAAUUAAUUGCUGGCUAUAUUGACAUAAUUUUACGGAAGAAACGUACGCGUGAUCACGUGGGCAUUGAGGGCGAUGAGGGCUCGACAAUGCUGGAAGAUGUAGUUGCCCCAGCUCGCGCAACACUCGUAGCGCAUGGACAGAUCGGGGAAGGCUUCGCGCAAGAAGGCGGUGUUGCAAUUCCAGGCGUACUCCGAACACCUGGCGCAUUCCCGACAGCACAGCGUGCCGCGCUGAACGGUGCCCAGUACGGCGCUGUCAGUGGCCAGAUUUUGCAGCAACAAAUGGUCAAAGGACAGCGGCCGCGCGUUGUGGAUUCGCAAGAACGUGCACAACGUGCUCUCAUUGGUACAAUUGAAGCGUCAAUUCGUGCAGUUGAGGCAGCGGAAGAAGAAAUGGAGAAGCCGGUGCAGAUUGAAUUACCACGAUUCACAGACGAUCCAACCUCACGUCGUUGGGUGGAAACGAAAGUUGAAGUUGAGAAGCAGAAAGUCGGUGAUCAGUUGGCACAGAUGGGCGCUGCUACUGCGCAAGUUGUGCAAAUGACAGCAGUUGUCGAUGAAGUAGAUUCCAAAGUUGGUACAGCAAUUGCAACCAUUGGUUCGAAUAUGCCCGAAAUGGGACGGGGAGUGCGUGAACUGGCCGCAUUGAUGCCUGAUGAACAACGUCGUGGUAUGGCUUUAUAUGGGGUUUUUUUCGAAUUAGGUGCAUUGGAAAACAUAAUUUCCAUUCUUUUGGAGUACUGUGAAAAAAGCUAG